UAGAAUUGAGUUAAGAAUUAAGAGAUACGCGAAAUGUUUUAUUCACCAGUCAACGCUGAUAAGUAGGACCGGAUUGAUCAAUGUGCCUUUGAUGAAAGAAGUGAGCCAUAAUGGAUGUCGUACUUAUUUCUUUGCUUAUUGGAGUGCUCGUCGCAACGUAUUACUUUUAUUUGACCAGACAUUACAAUUAUUGGCGCAAUCAGGGCAUUCCAUGCGCGAAGGGUCUUCUCCCCGGACUCGGUCACAUGUGGCCGGUCGUGUCUUUGAAGAUGAGCUUCCCUGAUUUCAUCCGACAGAUUUACGAGGAUCAUCCGCAACACAGCAUGGUCGGUAUUUACAACAAAACGCAACCUGCAUUGAUAAUACGUGAUCCAGAAUUGGUGAAAACAGUGAUACAGUCGAAUUUUGACAGUUUCUCCGAUAAUCUAUUGAAAGUGGACUUUCAACUCGAUCCUCUUUUCGCGAUAAAUCCUUUCUUUGCCAACGGCGAGAUGUGGUUUACAUCUCGGAAACGUUUGACUCACGCGUUUACUGGCAAACGGUUAAGAAUACUGUACAAGUCCGUCGAGCAGGUUUUGAAAAAGUUCGACGAUUACCUGGACAGAAGAAUGAGUGGAAGCAACAGUAUGAUAGAACUCGAGAUGAGGGAUUUGUUUUCCAAGUAUACAGGUGAGAUAGUGGCCAACGCAGGCCUUGGCGUUGAAGGUUUCUGUUUCGACGGCGAAGAUCAUCCGGCGUCGUUCGUCACAAUGGGAAAAUUGGUAUUCGAUCCGACGCUUCUUGGCAAAAUCGCACAAACUCUUAAU